AUGCCGACGAUAUUUGACGAACCGCCUCUUUUGGAAAUUAGUGCUCCAGUUGAACAACUGUCAUCAGUCGAUGAAGAAAUCUUCAAUGAACCACCAGUUUUAGAACGAAGCGUUCCGUCUACCUCCUCUAUACAAAGUCAGACCCACCAACACCAACUAAGUGUUAAUAUGUCAAGGGUAAGUAUUUCAGGUGUGGCUGACCAGAACUGGACCUUUGACGUUACCAGAGAUGAACAACUGUUGGAUGCAACAGUUAUAUUUGAAAGGUCUCUGGAUGGAAGUGCCAUAACUGACACAGUCCUUCAAGAUCCAGUGGAGGUUCGGUUCGAAGUCUUGGAGAACGGCACAGAGCGGGGAGGAAAAAAAUUCGUGUCUUCAGACAGUUUCUCCUACACUCAGAAGCAAGGUCAAGACGUCAGUAAAUUUCCUAAGUGCGAGUGGGGGGCUUCAUUGGCGUUGCAGGACAUCAUAAGGAAAGCUGAUGAUGCUCGUCACUUGGUAAUCACCAAGAACAGGAAGGCGUUCGUGACUGCAGGAAUUAAAGUGCCACCCCUGGAAUCACACAGCCAUUGGGGAUGCGCUAUGAAUCCACAAGCUGCUGCAGCAGUGCCUUUGGACAAAGCACUUCAAUCACCCCAAAAGACCAGGGUCUCCGUGUCAGGGAAGAUCGUUCAGGAGGAGGCUGUCUGCACUGUUAAAGUGUGCGAUGAAGAUGUGGCCAUAAAGGUCAUCACUCUGGAAGCUGAUUCUCAGAGGGCCAAAGUGAGUCUAUGGAGAGAGUCAGGAACAUCAGAUGUGAGGCCGGGUGACUUCAUGACGAUCACGGAUGUGGUGACUUUAAACCACUAUAAGGGGGAACCAUCCCUUUCCACCACAAACAGAUCAACACUGAAGAUAUAAAAACCUGCUGACAGAAGAUGAGAUGUGCAAAAGAGUACAGGAAUCACGCCGCUUCUUAGCUCGGUACAAAAAGGAAGGAAAAUCUUGAGAAGAUAGUCACUUGUGGUGAAUCCUCAGGCUGUUUUAUUACGACUCUGAGAAAAAAACAGCAAAGCAGUCAAUUGAAGACAACAUGUUCCCCACAUUCAAAGGAGGCACGAUCAUCCUGCUCAAUGGAAAGCAAAUGUUCAUUGUCUUCUUUGAUGUGCCAGGUUUUAUUCUACUCCAUGCAUCUCCACAUCGGUGACGGGUGCUUACAAUUCUAAUGUUUUGUGGCGUGACUUUUACAGGGUGAUGGCAUUAAAGAGACUAAAGGCGUUGCAUGAUAGGUGGAUUCUUCACCAGGAUAAUGCACCAGCACAUAAAUCAUAAGAGGCCCAGACUACCGCGACAAUCAACUUGAAGCGGAGAUCCUUCCCCGUCCCCUUAUUCGCCGGACCUAGCUGCAGCACCAUGCGAUUUUGCCCUUUUUCUGAAACUUAAAUGCAAACUAAGAUGGAGGAAGUCAAAUGCAGAGACAAUUGGAGAAGUAGCUGCAACUGUGACCAGGUGAUCACGGACUGUGGUCAUUACAUUCCUCAACUUCAAACAGACCAGGCCUUGUGCAGUGUAGAGAGUUUGCUCCAUCAGAUGUUGUAAAGUUUGCAUUGCUGAAAAAUAAUGCAGUCGUCGUACCUGGACUCCCAUCGAAGGAAUGUCGUUAACAGACCACCUGUCCAGAUCAAGACCGUGUAGUUCUUGGCCAGUGUAACAGUGUAACCCAGAAGGGAGACAAGUUCAAGUCUGGGUCGGUGCAGCAUGUACAUCCCCCUGUCUCUUCCAGAUCUUUGACAGGGAAGGUUGCUAAAGAGGUAAACAAUACCUAUGUAUGAUGAUGACUUUGUUCUAUUACAGGUAAAGACACUGGCUUCUGCAGAUAUUUCACCUCUCCAAGAACUUUGGUAACACGGGCGAGAGAUACAGUUCCCGCAAAUGACCGAGUCACCGCACUGAAUGAGGAUUACUUAGCACGUCGUGCAAAUCAAAAGCGUGUGGCUCUCUGACCCGAGGAACCGAAAAUGGAAUUUGUGUGGGACAACAUUGCCAUCCCAGAGGGAUUCAGUCGUAACGACAUUAUCAUUGAGGACAGGCCGCAUCUUUGGAACCGUGUUUCACGUUGUGUAUGUGAAUGGAACAUUCAAGGACCUCUUUCUUGGGUGGAUGGAUUCAGAGUUGACCCCAGAGAUGCGGCCAUGAUUGUGGCACAUGGAUGUUAUUGAUGGUGACUGUAAAGAAUUGAAGAUAGCAGAAAAACAAAACUAUCUUGAUAUGGCUUUCUGGUGUUAAAUCAUCAGACAAGGUGUUCAUUAUUUGUGGAAAAAUAGUGUCAUAGCUCUAAUCUAUUCUGCAAAAUCAUAAUAAAGUGGUGAACUUGAGUGAUUUUACAUAGAACAAGAAGGGCAUUUUCGUUGUGAUCCGACACCUAGAAGUGAAAACCAGAUUUUGGAAUAUCUCAGCUUAUAUGCAGUCUACAGUGAUGAAAUGUCACACAAAAGGUCCUUGGGGUAUAGGCACUUAUUAUCUAACAGGAUUUUAUCAAGUUUCUGUUUGGGACAUUAAAGUAAAGCCAGCAGCCGUCUACUAGACUGCAAGAUUCAUCUCUUCAUAACGGAUGUCAUAGCUUUCCAGAUAUACUAGCUGUCUUGUGUAUCGGGCAGAAAUGCAGAGUGGUACUACCAGUUACCUAAGCCACCAUUCCCCUCACAGACAAAAGGCUCAUGGGAUUCUGCCGAGGGCGUAGCUCUGGUGCACUGGGCCGAUUUUCCAGCCAUGUGGAAUCUACAUUUCCAGCUGAACUGGGACUGGGACUUCAAUAUCAGACUCCCUAGCAGCAUGCAUGCUGGUUGCUGAAGCCAUGGAGGUGUUUCCAAGGACAAUAACCUUUGCUGGUCAAAACAUGGUCUAGACUAUGGAAUUCCAUACUUGCUCUCAGGCAAGGAUUUACUGAGAAAGGAAUACCGUCUUCAUGUUUAUGAAAGUGGUGCUUGUUCUGUAUCUCCUAAAAAAGGAAGGCAGUGGGAAAUGAUGGGUGAAACCUGGUUCAUUUGUUCAACAACGAUUCCGAUAUAUAUAUAGGUUGGAGAUGGGGAUGAUGACAGACCAGCCAGCCGAACUUAAAUUGGAGUAGACAUCAUGUGCCACCUGGUUGCUGAAGCUCGAGAGGACCUUUAUGGACAAAAAAUCCUGUUCAAGAUAGUUCUGUCUGGAAUUCCAUACCACCUCCAGAGAAUGAAAAAUGUCUUCAAGAAAGAAGAGAUUCUAA